UCGCAGUUUGACUCGGAAGCGAAUAGCGUAGUAUGAACUUUGCUCAAUAGAUGGCACUGCUAACUGCGCUUUUUAGUUGCUUCUUGCGACUUCUAGGCGCGACUUGUCACUGAAAUCGCACAAGGCAGUACAGAAUUCGGACAACAGAUGGCUCACGGCGUUGAAUGUGAAAUGCUACUUGCGAUUGCUAACUGUCACUGAAAUAGCAGUUAGAUUUUGUAAAGUUGUUAUUGUGAUAUCUGUGACUUCUCAAUCACUGUGAUUUCUAACAUACGCGAUUUCCUGCCUACCGAUGGAAAUGGACCCAAAACGAUCAAUUCGGGCAUUCAACUUAUCUUCCCGUUAGCUUUGUAGGACUACGCUUGCUAAUUGCAUUCGUAGGACAUGUGACCAUGUUUUUCAAAUCUGAUUGUGAUUGGAGUUACGGAGUAAACAUUGUGUAUCACGAACAUUGGCAUGGUUUUGUUUUAAAUCGAUGCAGGUGUACCAUAAUGUUACAAAAUUUAUAUGUUAUUAUGGGAAGUAAUUUAAAUAUUUGUCAUGGAAAUCGUGGAGAGUAACUGUUUAUAGAUGCAGUACACAUGUCUUAAAUUACACUUCACUUGAGGCACACUAUGAUGAUGCAACAUCGCUGUAGCAAAAACAGUAAAUUUUUCUUUUAGUGUUGGUACCGACGAACGUAAAGUUUACAUUGCAAGGUGUGUCAGCUGUUGCUGAUUUUUAAGAAAUUUACGAAUGGAAGUUUCGAACAAGUGCUCUUGAUUUAAAUUCAUAACAUUCGCUUCGGAUAUGGAAUCUACAGGAGAGGCAGAGGCAGUUUCGGCAUACGAUGAAAUUGACAUCAAAGAGGAACCAAUAUCAACUGAACCUGAACUGCAACCGUUUGAACAGAUCUUCAUUAAAGAAGAGAAUAUUGAGUGUCUACUAGAGGAUGAAACCACUUCUCCACAUGACGCAACAGACAUGAAAAAAGAAUCCGUGCUCCAAAAUGACGUGGACACGACAAUCUAUGGCAGUGAACCAGAAAGUAAUAUCCCCGUUGGCAUGGAAGACGACAAGGAAACGGAUGGCAGUGGCAGUUUGGCUAGCGGAGAUGGUGUGCCUACAGGACCGAGCAACACCGUACAACGCAGCCCCAAUCAGGUAGCGUUCUGUGAACGCGACAGUGCUACGCUACAGAGUGUGCUGGCGGAGUACAAAGAAUUUCCGUAUUCCUGCAGUGUGUGUCACAAAACAUUCGUAAGUAGGGGCGGCUGGAAGAUCCACCUACGUCGGCACACUGGCGAACGCCCAUAUAGUUGUGACGUCUGUCACGAGGCAUUUCCAAGCAACACCCACCUGAAGAACCACUUACGUCAGCACACCGGCGACGGCCCUUACAUCUGCGAAGUGUGCAACAAAGUGUUGUCGUGUGAGAGCAGCCUCAAGAUCCACUCGCGAGUGCACACAGGCGAACGCCCGUAUGUUUGUAAAGUGUGCCAGAAGACAUUCGUAAGUAGCACCAACCUGAAGAAACACUCUCGUGUGCACACAGGAGAACAUCCCUACACCUGUGAAGUGUGCCACAAGGCGUUCAUAUGUGGAAGCAAUCUCAGGAGACACUCGAGAGUGCACUCCGGCGAACGCCCAUACAUUUGUGAGAUCUGCCACAAGACAUUCAACCAGAGUUCGAGCCUGAAGACUCACUCGCGUGUGCACUCGGGCUAAUGACCGUGCGGCUGUAACGUGCUCCGUAAGACUUUAUACACCAACAUGGAGUCGUGUGACUACGACGCUUCUUAUGAGCUUGUUGUAUCUAAUUAAUACUAGUAAACUACCUUUUUGCUCAUAGCUUUGUCUGCGUAUGCAUAUGUCACAUAUAUUUAUGCUCUGUACACUUACAUUUUGUUUUUGGGGUAGGCUUUUCCAGACUGAGUUUCAGAAAUUCCCGCAUAGCAGAUAAAGACGAUCCCUAAAUGAUUCUGUUUACACAACCGUUCCGCAAACAUCUUGAACCUACCUAUUCCGUUAAGCUAUUAUUUGUUAUCCAUGUUGAUAGCUCGAGGAGAUGGAAUUGUGUGUUCAGGGCCGUAAAAUUACCGUACAGAUCAGAAAAUUACAGCAUGUAAUCUAAAAUUCCUAAUUUGCAAAUAAAAAUAUAGCCUGACCAAAAAAAAAAAAAAAUAAUCUGCUCUAGAGGCACCACGCUUGAUUUCUUUCUUCUAUAUUUCCAUUAUUCCAGUUGCUUACGAUUACCGUAUCACCUACAAGGGCGUUUGAAAAGUCCGUGCAAAGUCUGAGACAUGGCACCACCGACGCGUAUCGAGGUCAUGUUUAGUUAGUAGCAUCUUUGGAAAGAACGCACACCACAUUUCAGCCAUAUUGGUGUAUUUCUUUGUGUUUGGCAUUCGUGUGAAUCAAGGAAAGUGAUUGUCAAAAAAUGGACGAAAAAGAAUUUCGUCUGGUGAUUAAACAUUCCUUUAUGAAAGGCAAAACGCCUCAGGAGACUAAAGAGAAGCUUGAUAAACGUUAUGGUAACUCUGCACCUUCGCGUACAACA